AGCGAACGGAGUCCGGGAAUUGGCUGCGCCAGGAGCUCAGUCUCUCCUGGACCGAGGCGCUGGACGCGGCCAGGACGCCUUAGGAGGACUCCAGGCACCGGCCGGGGGGACAGCGGUCAGGACAGCGGCCCACCCCCCGGAAAAGUGGGGGCAGAAGUUUGGAGGUGAGCGCUGGGAGCCCCGCGCGCGGCUGUUACGCAGGACUGGACCUCCGUUUCUUCUGGGGCGGACCAGGGCCACUGCCCCGCCAGCUGAGGCCACUGCCCCGUAAGACUGCCGGAGCUCUCAGCGCCUGUCCGGGGCUCCAGGGGAGGCCGUGGUCAUGGUGAAUGAAGGUCGCAACCUGGAGGAGCGCGAUGACACCCUUGAGCAGCAGUCCGCGCCGCCGGCGGACCCCAGCAUUCCCGCCCCACCUGCCAUCCCCACUGACCCCAGCGUCUCGACUCAUCCCAGCGUCUCGGCUCAUCCCAGCGUCUCGGCUCAUCCCAGCGUCUCGGGUCAUCCCAGCGUCUCGGCCCAUCCUAGUGUCUCGGCCCAUCCAAGUGUCUCGGCUCAUCCCAGCGUCUCGGCCCAUCCCAGCGUCUCCUUCCACCCCAGCGUCUCUGCCAACCCCAGCGGCUCAGCCUUCCCCGGCACCUUGGCCCACCCCGGUGACUUGACCCAACCCAGUAGCUCCGGCCGCGAGGACCUCAGUACGAUCAGGGUGAGCAGGCGCCGUUGGGCGGUGGUCCUGGUGUUCAGCUGUUACUCCAUGUGCAACGCCUUCCAGUGGAUCCAGUACGGCUCCAUCAAUAACAUCUUCACGUACUUUUACGGGGUCAGUGCCUUUGCCAUCGACUGGCUGUCCAUGGUCUACAUGCUGACCUACAUCCCUCUGCUACUGCCGGUGGCCUGGCUGCUGGAAAAAUUUGGCCUUCGCAACAUCGCCCUCAUGGGCUCCGCUCUCAACUGUCUGGGGGCCUGGGUGAAGUUAGGGAGCCUGAAGCCACAUCUCUUCCCGGUCACGGUGCUGGGCCAGGUCAUCUGCUCUGUGGCCCAGGUCUUCAUCCUGGGCAUGCCCUCCCGCAUCGCUUCAGUCUGGUUCGGGGCGAAUGAAGUCUCCACGGCCUGCUCCAUAGCUGUCUUUGGCAACCAGGUUGGAAUUGCGAUUGGGUUCUUGGUCCCUCCUGUUUUGGUACCCAAUUCCAAAGACAAGGACAAGCUUGCCUACCACAUCAGCAUCAUGUUCUACAUAAUAGCAGCUGUUGCCACCCUGCUUUUCAUCCUUGUCAUCAUCGUCUUCAAGGAGAAGCCUAAACAUCCUCCCAGCAGGGCCCAAUCCCUGAGCUAUUCCUUAGUACCGGAAACUUCGUACUUAAAUCCCAUCAUCCGGCUCUUCAAAAACCUCAACUUCAAGCUGCUUAUCAUCACCUAUGGUCUGAAUACUGGGGCUUUUUAUGCCUUGUCCACUCUGCUGAAUCGCAUGGUGAUCUUGCACUUUCCGGGGGAAGAAGUGAAUGCUGGAAGAAUAGGCCUGACCAUUGUCAUUGCAGGAAUGUUUGGGGCUAUGAUCUCAGGUAUCUGGCUGGAUAGGUCCAAAACCUACAAGGAGACAACCCUGGUGGUGUAUGUCAUGACUCUGGUGGGCAUGGUGGUGUACACUUUGACCUUGCCCCUCCAGCAUCUGUGGAUAGUGUUCGUCACCGCUGGCACAAUGGGGUUCUUUAUGACUGGCUAUCUCCCACUGGGAUUUGAGUUUGCUGUGGAGCUGACAUACCCAGAAUCGGAAGGCAUAUCGUCUGGCCUCCUCAACGUGUCUGCCCAGGUAUUUGGGAUCAUCUUCACCAUCUCCCAGGGCCAGAUAAUUGAAAACUAUGGCCCCAUGCCCGGGAACAUCUUUCUGUGUGUGUUCCUCGCCCUUGGAGCAGCCCUCACUGCACUCAUCAAGGCAGAUCUACGGAGGCAGAAAGCGAACAUGGAAUUUCCCGAGAAUAAACUCCAGGAGGAGGAGGAAAAGGUGGAGAAUGUGGAGAAAGCAGACAAUGUCACCAGCAAAGCACCCACCACUCUGUCUGAGGAGCAUCUCUGAGACGAGAAGGGGUUUGCAACUCAGGGAACACGGACACCCCCACCUCUUCCGUCAGCACAGCUCACUGCCAGCACCAGGGUCUUCACAGGGGCAGCUUGUGGAGGGAACCAGCUGGAACACUUGUGGCUUGGACGGCAGCGCCUAGCUUCUGGAACCCACUCAAGAGCCUGCACGGUCUAGUUGGGGGAAAUCGCACCUUUCACCACAUGCAGAUUCGAUUCCCGCCCCUCCCCUUGUAGGUUCUGGGAGCUGGUGUUGGGAGAGGCUGGUGAGUCGUGGAGUCAGUCCUGGCUUUGUGCCUUGCCUUCCCUCUUCACCUCCAUCCCUCAUGGAGAAAGCCUGCAAAAUUAUCAUGGAAAGAAAGCUUAUUCAGAUAUUAACUUUUUCUAGUGUCUCAAGACCCUUAGAAGCCCAAUUCUAAGGAGCGGCAGCUGCGCUGGAUGAGGGUCAUUCUGGGGUCAUUGGACUAACCUCCAACAUUCUGUGGGAGAGAAAGCACCAUCGGAACAAACCCGCGGGUCCUCUGGGCCUCUGUUCUUCUGGCCUAAAGUUGGGGGCUGUCUCCAAACCCUCUUUCUUAAGAGCUGAUCAAACCAAACAUCAAUAAAACUUGAGAAAGA